GCGGUGGCGGCAGUCCUGUGACUCAUGCCUGCGUCGAAGCAGAUCAACCGGCGAUUCACGCUUUUAAAAAAGCAAAUCCGAGCACUUCUGGAAAAAAAGGUCAUCUCGCAUUAAAUUCCGCGGCGCGAUUGGUAUUCCGACGUCGUUUCUGGCAGAGUUUAUAAGCGGCGGGUCGCUCCCAGGCUAGAGUCGCCCUGCCAACCUGGACUACGGCAAUAAGAGCGUCCGCUCGCUCCCUCGCAAAUUCCUUGCUGCCCACCCCUCAGAGGAAUAUCGAGAAAAUACGAGCUCCGAGGACUGGGGCUUUUCUGAAAGGAUGGCUUCCUCCGCUCCCUCAUCCUCCAACGAUGCUCCGGACCCCACCCCACCUAAUCUGCGACCUACAAGGUUCCUGCAAAGGACCAACAGCCUGGAAGACAAGGGCCGGAUCGUCAGCUCUCUGAAGGAAAAGCAGUCCUCCAAGAGCCUGCUGGCAUGCGAGAACAGUGAGAAGGAAUCCAGGUUCCGGCGCACCGAGACAGACUUUUCCAAUCUGUAUGCCAGAGAUUUGUUGCCCUCCAAGAAUGGUGAGGAGCAGACCAUGCAGUUUCUGCUGGAGGUUGUGGACAUCCUCCUCAAUUACGUGAGGAAGACUUUUGACAGAUCCACCAAAGUGCUGGACUUCCACCACCCACACCAGCUCCUGGAGGGCAUGGAGGGCUUCAACCUGGAGCUUUCGGACAACCCUGAGUCCCUGGAGCAGAUUCUGGUGGAUUGUCGGGACACCCUGAAAUACGGAGUGAGGACAGGUCACCCUCGCUUUUUCAAUCAGCUGUCCACAGGACUGGACAUUAUUGGCUUGGCUGGGGAGUGGCUGACAUCUACUGCUAACACAAACAUGUUUACCUAUGAAAUUGCUCCUGUCUUUGUCCUCAUGGAACAAAUAACACUUCGAAAGAUGAGGGAGAUUAUUGGAUGGUCAAACAAAGAUGGUGAUGGAAUAUUCUCACCUGGAGGAGCCAUCUCCAACAUGUACAGCAUAAUGGCUGCACGCUACAAAUAUUUCCCUGAAGUUAAAACCAAAGGCAUGGCUGCAGUCCCUAAACUGGUUCUCUUUACCUCAGAGCAUAGUCACUACUCAAUAAAGAAAGCUGGAGCUACACUUGGAUUUGGAACAGACAAUGUUAUUUUGAUAAAAUGCGAUGAAAGAGGCAAAAUAAUACCAGCUGAUUUGGAGGCAAAAAUUCUGGAAGCAAAAGAAAAGGGAUACGUUCCUCUUUUUGUAAAUGCGACUGCAGGCACAACAGUAUAUGGAGCCUUUGAUCCAAUACAGGAGAUUGCAGAUAUAUGUGAAAAAUACAACCUCUGGCUCCAUGUUGAUGCUGCCUGGGGGGGUGGACUCUUAAUGUCCCGAAAGCACCGUCACAAACUGAGUGGAAUAGAAAGAGCCAACUCAGUCACUUGGAAUCCACACAAGAUGAUGGGAGUGUUGUUACAAUGUUCUGCCAUUCUUGUCCGGGAGAAGGGUAUCCUUCAGGGCUGCAAUCAAAUGUGUGCAGGCUAUCUCUUCCAGCCAGACAAGCAGUAUGAUGUCUCCUAUGACACUGGAGAUAAGGCAAUACAGUGUGGUCGACAUGUAGACAUUUUCAAAUUCUGGUUGAUGUGGAAAGCAAAGGGUACAGUAGGAUUUGAAAAUCAGAUCAAUAAAUGCCUGGAGCUGGCAGAAUAUCUCUACACUAAAAUCAAAAACAGAGAAGAAUUUGAGAUGGUAUUUGAAGGGCAGCCAGAGCAUACAAAUGUAUGUUUUUGGUAUAUUCCUCCAAGUCUCAGGGGCAUGCCAGACUCUGAUGAGAGAAGAGAAAAGUUACACAGGGUGGCACCAAAAAUCAAGGCAUUGAUGAUGGAGUCAGGCACCACCAUGGUUGGAUAUCAGCCUCAGGGAGAUAAAGUCAACUUCUUCCGAAUGGUCAUCUCAAACCCAGCAGCAACUAAGUCUGACAUUGACUUCCUCAUUGAGGAAAUUGAGAGGCUGGGGCAGGAGCUGUAGUGGUUGAAUGAUUUAUUUCUGGAAUUCACUGUUUUCCAGCACUGGCUAUUUUUUAAACCCAGUUCUGCAGAACAUGUUUAAAGGAAAUUCUGUAAGUUGCAAUCUCCUAAGACAUCCUUAAACAAAACAGCUAUAGGCUACUGAAAUAUAUAUGUAUUGUUAGAUCAUAUUAUUGAGGGAAAAUGUAUUAUCUUGAAGUUGAAGUACUAUUGACUCUUACAUUGGUCUUGUUUAUUGUAGACUGCAGAAAAUUAAUAGAUAUUAAAAUAGCAAAUUAAGAACUCUGCACAGUAUAUAUGUACAGUAUAAAUAAAUAUAUAUAAUUAUAUAUAUACAUACAUAUAUAUAUAUAUAAAGUGGUUAUAAACUUAGAUCAAAGCCACAGCAUGUUUUCCACUUUAAGAAAAUUAAGUUUUCCUUCAACAACUUUGGUGUGGAUAAUGUGCUACAAGUUUUUCUGCCAGACAGAAACAGACAUAUAGAAACAGAUAUAGAAACAUUUCUAAAAUGUAGAUUCUUAGGAGCUAAAGAAAAUGUAUAACAGUAUUAGAUCUUAUUGUUGGUGCUUUUCUCACAUACAAAACAGCAAUCUCUAAGAGCACCUUUGAGUAAAAUAGUUGUACUUGCCCUUUAGUGUCAAAUCAGGGGAUGACAGUAGCAGAGUCAUUGUAACAGGUAUAUUAUUGCUGUAUUUUUAGAGGUUAAUUUGUGUAGAUUGUGUAUAUUAUUGUUAAAUUACUUUGUGUAAAAGGAUUUAAAUGUAAUAGUUUUACAGCAAGAUAACUGUUUAAUUGUAGGUAUCUGAAACAUUUGCUUAUUUAUAUGCAGAGAUUUACCAUGCUGAAGAGUUGUCUUGUAUUUUCUUCUGUUUGUAAUGUAACCUAUUUAUAUAUUAUUGAAGUUCUAAAUAAUGUUUAUGGUAUUUUAGUGUCUUUGUGAGCCAAAGAAAAAAUAAGAAAAUAUUAGUUGACACUUUUGUUUAAAUCCUAGUGCCCUUAAAGUAUAACUUACAGAUAAUUUUACUGAAGAUAAGGAAUUCUGACAUUGUGUAUAGACUAUCAAAUUAUGGGAUCCCUUUAAUCUAUUAGAAUUAUUAGAAAUUUCAGUUUUAUUUAUUGUAAAGUCAGACUGUUCAGUGUUCUGAAUGCUUUUCUAGUGAAUAUUGAUUGCUACCCAAGGCCCCUGUUUUUGAGUUUUAUUUCAGAACUGACCUCUGUGACCAUUUUAACUAAAUUCUGUGGGAGUUUUAACCACAUCAUUCUUUUAGUGAAAUGGAAUUUCACUAAAAUAGAAUUUGGAGCUUAUAAAAUAAAUAAAACCAAAAGUAAUCUCAGUAUCUUUUAAUACAACCAGCUUGUCCCAAUAAUUUCAACUGGUUAGUGUUUUCAAAGUAUAGACACCAGAUUCAUCUGCAGCUUGAUCAAUUUUAAUCAUUAGCUAAUCAAUAUUACUGAGUGGAAAAGUCCAUACUAGAAACACAACAGUGGAACAAAAUGGAGAUUCAAUAAUCCUCUGUUCACUGAGUUAGUGUCAUGGUGAUAAAUGGAAUAUGCUAAUUUCAA